AUGAGUAAUGCCGAGUACGAAGAAAUAGUAAAACAAAAUGCUAGCAAAUAUCCAUUAGAACAUAACAAAAAUAAAGCAAAUUUUGAGGAAAUAGAUACAGAUUGCGUUGUUACUAUUGCUAUGAUUUGUUCCGAAGUAAAUUAUUUAAAUAAAAUUACUUGUCCCGAUAAAGAGAAAACUUUCGAAGUAGAUAAUAUCUGUGACGGUAUCGUUGACUGCUCGGAUAGAGCGGAUGAAAAUCAUUGUCGAGAACAAGCAACUAAAAAGUUAGAUUACGCGCUAAACUCUUUAUUUGAAAUGAAUCGAUCUUACGAGCUUAAUUGUGUUUUGGGAAAAUCCAACGAUUCUAUUGUCCAACAAAAGAUAAUUCGUGACUGGAUAAAGGGGCAAAUUGAUGUAGUUAAAGACUAUAAAGAUAGCUUUAUAGAGAGUAAUAUUACUCAAAGCAGCGAGGAAAAAUCAACUGCACUGGUUGAUAAUUCUCGUAGAUUCAAUCGUAUACUAGACGAGGAUUUAGAAGAUGUUUUAAGGGAAAGUGCUUUGUAUCCAAAAACAUGCAUUUGUGAAAAAGAUCGUUGUGUUUCUCGUACUUGUGUCAAGUCUUGUCACGAGGCUUGUAUACUCAAGUAUGAUUUGAGCCGGUGGAGUUGUCCGGGUGUCAAUGGGUCAACGAGCGUGCAUCUGGAUACAAUAUGUGAUGGUAAACUGGAUUGUUAUGAUGAGUCCGAUGAAGAUUCUUGUAGUACAGCUGUGUUGUAUCAUCUAGGUAAAGGAAGAGGCAAAUUCGAAGCGAAUAUCGGAUUUCAACAAAUCAUUAAAUUACUAGAAAUGAAAAUGGCUUCCAAAGAAAAUGCACAAGUGAGGAAUGAUCUUUUACGAUUGUACAACACCAUUUACAAGCUACAACAUUUGCUUAUGGAGCCAAACCUCAAGAUCGACGAACUUAGAAUGCUACGAAGCAAAUGUUUCGAUUUACUAAGUCUCGUUUAUGGCAAUUAUAUCAAAAACACUUACAACGCCAACCAUGUCGAUGAGAUGUAUAAAUUUUUGAAAUCUGUAAACGAAGUUAUUGUGAAAAUUCUUAAACACUCGAACACAGGGAAUAAUAAAAUUAUUUCUUCUAACGGUUGUAUUUGUAAGAACAGCAAAUGUAUAAAGACGUACUGUUCACCAGAAUGCGCUAGGGCUUGUGAAAUUGAAAAGAAAUUGAGUAUAUAUUACUGCAAAGGUAACAGCAACCAGACAAUAACAGUUGAAGCGGUUUGUGAUGGUAAAAAAGAUUGCUCUGAUGGAGAUGAUGAAGAUACGUGUAGUGGUAAGGAAUUGAUGACCAAUUUCCACCAACAUCUCAUAACUUGUAGAAAAUGGAUGGAGUGA